UAAAAAAAAAACUACAUUAUAAAGCGGAUCGUUCAAAAUCUUUGGACAAAACAAAAUGCAGCAAUGUUCGGAUAGCUGGGCUUAAUAUUUUUGUUCAAAUGAGCCUAAAUAUUUUACUAGGAUGUACUGGUAGCGUAGCGACAAUAAAAGUACCAGAACUUGUUGACUGUUUGAAAAAAAAGUGGAACAAUGCUAACAUUAGGCUUGUGCUAACGAAAAAUUCGGAGUUUUUUCUAACAAAAGUUUUAAAAGAGACCACAUCAAAAGUUGAGUGGUAUAAGGAUGUUGAUGAAUGGAAGGACUGGAAACACAUUGGCGAUCCAAUAUUGCAUAUCAAUUUAAGUAAAUGGGCUGAUAUUUUUCUGAUAUGUCCUCUGGAUGCCAAUACAAUGGCUAAGCUUGCAACUGGUUUAUGUGACAAUUUAUUGACUUGUAUUUGUCGCGCAUGGGAUUUUAAAAAGCCUAUUAUAGUUGCACCAGCAAUGAAUACUUUAAUGUGGCAAAAUCCUUUAUCAAGCCAACAUGUUGCUUUACUUACACAGCUGGGCUAUUUUUUUAUAUAUCCAAUUACCAAGUUACUUGCGUGUGGCGAUACAGGUAUUGGUGCGAUGGAAGAAGUAUCUUUAAUUGUCGAAUUUGUUUAUCAACAUAUUCAAAAAUUUAAUAUCAUUAAUCAUUAAAUUUUUGUGUAGCAGGAUACUAUUUUCUAUAUUUAUGUAUAUACAAACCGAUCGGACUAAUAUUAUUGUUGCAUAACUAACCAACUGAAAUUCUCCCGGGUUUUUAAAAUUCUUUUAAAAAGUUUAAGAAAAUCUAAAAAUUUAAAA